AAAUCUUGGGUCGUUCGUUCGGUCAGUCGGUGUCGUAGUGCGUGAAAAAAACCGCUUCCUAAAUUCAUGUUUUCCGUUGUAUUUAUGUGACGGACGCGUGUAAAAACUAUCCCGAAUAAUCCGCACCCGUUUCUCAUUACAUUUGGUCCCAUAUUUGUGCAGUUUCAAGGGGGAUUAACAGUUUUAAGCAGGUAAAAUAGAACGCGUGCCGCCUGUCGGAUACCCUUUCUGCGCGCCUCUUCUCCGUCAUUUCGGUCGGUGGUGGUGGCGGCGGUUGUAGUGGCGUGCGGUGCAACAACACUUUUUCAUUAGUUUUGGCUGCAAUUUACGCGGCCGUUUUACCCGGUUAGUUUAGCAUAAAUUCACGGCUUGCAUAAAGGGGGUGAUUCACCGAAAACGAGAAAAAAAAGUGCACAGAAACGAUGAAUUCUCCGUCGACCCGUAACCGGGAACGUAUCCUGGAAGCGAUCGACCAAUUAAGAAAACGUAAAGCCCGCCCGGACAUCACCCGCAUAUGCAACUAUCUCUUUCGUCGUUUCCACAUCAAUUCAGCGGAAGCGAAAUCCGAUCUGGAGUGGUGCGUGGCCCAUAACGUGGUCCUCAAGGUCGAAUACAAGGGCAACAUCAGCUACAGGAACGCGGCGAAAAAAUGGGCGCAAAUGCGUAACCGUUUGGAUAACAAUCAGCACUCGCCGGCGAACAAUGCGAACAGCAUCGCGGCCAGUAAACUGGCCGUCAGCAAAAACUUCAUGGAACUGUUGACGAACGUCUUUGGCGAACUGGUGGUCGAGGAGCCCGACUAUUUAGAAAUCGGGGUCCCACCCAGAGAGAUCAUCGAGAACAUCCUCUCGAAAGAUAGCGUCCGUUACACGCGUAACUACAUCGCGAUCCUGCUGAUCAAAGAGGUGGAGCGGGGCAACCUGUUGAAACUGGAAAACGGGAAUUUCCUGUUAGGGCCGUGCUGCGCGGACGGCAAACGCACCUGGACCCCCAAAGAGCCCGAACGUAAAAUGAUCACCUCGAGCACCUCGCAGACCUCACGGUCGGCGGGGGGCGAGUACGAGGCGGAAUUAAACGAGUAUCGGCAUUUCCGGGGCGAGGGUAGCGGACACGCGAUAAGCGUGCAAACGGAGCGGGAGGAAUCGCCGCCGUGCGGGGCCCUCGUCAAACCGAAGAAACGGAUGAUCGCGAAGGUGCAACAGGAGAAAAUGCUGCUCGAGCACCGUCGGCGACAGCAGCUGCAGCAGCAGCGGCAGGGCGCGGGAGAUUCCGGCGAGUCUGCCGCUAGCGGGAAUUUACGGUACGGCGGUAGACGUAAGAAGGCCAAAAAAGUGUUUGACCCUUCGGACAACAAUAUCCCCAAGAAAAGGGGAAGACCCGCUGGUUCUCUUAACAGGGCCACCAUCGAGAAACAAUUAAGCUUCAAUAAAAGAGACGACGACUCCAGGCCGAGCUCUAGAACCUCCUCGGGCAGCAGAGACCACGGGGGAGUAUGUUCCGUUUGUCACACACAAAGCAGAAAAGGUCCCAACGAUCGGAUGGUCUCUUGCAGGGAAUGUAGCAAUAAAGCACACUUUGGUUGCCUUAACGGUGACGACAUGAUGCUCCGCAUGUACCCGGAUAACACUUGGCAAUGUCCCCACUGUAAGACUUGCGUCGUAUGUUAUGAGACUUCUGAUGCAGGAAAUUUGAUAGUGUGUUCGGUGUGCGCGGACGGUUACCAUCCGGGUUGUCAUCAGCCCCGGGUAACUGAGAAAAUAAAAAAUGGCCAACGGUGGUUGUGCUUCAAUUGUCAAGUGACCGACAAGAUGAAACCCAAGGAUAUUCAUAUCGGGGAAUCGAUAGGGCACGAGAUCAAGUUGAGCGAUGAGAAUGUGGACAAAGAAAUCUCGUCACAGUCGAACUCGGGACGUUCCUCGCCGUACGACUCGACCACGCCGGCGAGUCCCACGCCACCGGAAAGCCCCAAGAGGAAACGCCACUACGAAUCCUCCGAUCGCGAUCAGAACUCGGAUUCGAACAGCGUAAAGUACUCGGAAAGCGAGGAAAUCGAUCCUGCGAUCCCCGACGCGACCCAUUGGACCGCCGACGAGGUUUAUCAGUACUUCGCAAGGUACUUUCCGGAGGACGCGAAGGUCUUUAAGGAACAAGAAAUCGACGGUCGUUCCUUGCUACUAUUAAAAAGGCUGGACGUGUUGUCCAGUUUAAACUUGAAACUGGGUCCGGCCCUGAAGAUUUACCGUCACGUGACCAUGUUGCAAGUGAGGAGGGACGAUCGAAGACUGUAUUGGCUUUAAUUUGUGUUACGGUUCGUUUUAGGUUAGGUAUUAUACGCAUGUAAGGAUUUUUGUUUGUUAAAUAUAUUGGAUUAAAUAUU